UCAUCAGUGUGCGCGAGUGGAGGCUCCCUGGUAGGCUGGAGAGCAACAAGCCAGCUGGGACUGACCGCAGAGGGCCAGGAUGGGGGAAGCGGCCGUGGCGGCCGGACCCUGUCCGCUCCGCGAGGACAGCUUCACACGGUUCUCGUCGCAGAGCAACGUGUACGGACUGGCAGGAGGAGCCGAUGGGCGAGGGGAAUUGCUCGCCGCCACUCUUAAAGGCAAGGUGCUCGGCUUCCGCUACCAAGACCUCCGACAGAAAAUCCGGCCUGUGGCCAAAGAGCUGCAAUUCAACUACAUCCCCGUGGAUGCAGAGAUCGUGUCCCUCGACACCUUCAACAAGUCACCCCCAAAGCGAGGCCUGGUGGUGGGCAUCACAUUUAUAAAGGACUCAGGAGACAAGGGCAGUCCUUUUCUUAACAUUUACUGUGACUAUGAGCCUGGCUCAGAGUACAACCUGGACUCCAUUGCAGAGAGCUGCCUCAAUUUGGAACUCCAGUUCACGCCUUUCCAGCUGUGCCACGCAGAAGUCCAGGUUGGAGACCAGCUGGAGACCGUCUUUCUCCUGAGCGGGAAUGAUCCAGCCAUCCAUCUCUACAAGGAGAAUGAGGAGCUUCAUCAGUUCGAAGAGCAGCCCGUGGAAAACCUCUUCCCAGAGCUCACGAACCUGACUAGUAGCGUCCUCUGGCUUGAUGUCCGCAACCUGCCCGGCUCAUCCCGGCGCCUCUCAGCUCUGGGCUGCCAGAGUGGCUAUGUGCGUGUGGCUCACGUCGACCAGAGGAAUCGAGAGAUCCUGCAGACAUGGACAGUCCUGCAGGAUGGGCCCAUCUCCCGAGUGAUCCUGUUCAGCCUGUGCAGCCCUGACGGCCCUCCAUCUCCUGUCUCCUCCAUAGCAACCGAGGCCAGCCCACAGCAGGAAGGAUACAGUCUGCUUGUUGCCAGCAUGCUGGAGCCGGCGGCAGUAUACUGGGACCUUCUGAACCAGGGCCUGGAAGACCAACUUCUCCUACCCAGCAGCGACCAGUUCGACAGUGUCCUCUGUGGCCUGGUCACUGACGUGGACCUAGAUGGGCAGCCAGAAGUCCUGGUGGCCACCUACGGACAGGAGCUGCUCUGCUAUAAGUACCACGCGCUGCCUGAGGCCAGCAGAGGCUUCCGCCUGCUGUGGCGUCGGACCUUCGCCAGCCCUCUGCUGGCCAUGGCCCAUGUGGACCUGACUGGGGAUGGGCUGCAGGAGCUGGUUGUGGUAUCCCUGAAAGGGGUGCACAUCCUCCAGCACAGCCUGAUCCAGGCCUCCGAGCUGGUCUUGACGAGGCUUCGUCAUCGAGUGGAGCAGAGGAAACAUCAGCAGGGCCUUGGGGACAGAGUGGGUCCCAGGCCUGAGGAGCCCCCAGCCUCCUGAGCAACCCCUCUCCUCGGGCCCGGGCAUCUCGUGUCCGUCAUUGAUGUGGGGGAAGCAUCUGAGAAAAGGGGUGCUUCCCCGGGACUCAGGGAUGCUGGGAGUCCCUGACCCGCCCUGGUGCGCUGGGCAACUCUAACCCAUCACCCCUCAGAGCCACUGGAAAGGGGAUGUUCUCAGAGAACCCCUGUGGUCCCAUCAGCCAUUGAUCUCCCGGAGACUAUUUAUACAUGCAGAGCGACAAAA